AUUGUUGUUUAGGAUGAAAAAUAAGUGAAACCAUUUUGAACUCCUUUAAAAAAACUAUUGUUAUCAGUUAUGCAAUAUAACAAACAUAGAGUAGGUAUCUACCUACUGAGUGAUCUUUAAUUGCUUUAUAAAUUGUAUAGUCAAAGUCUAAAUAAAUUGAUACCUUCACGUUUAAUGUUUUGUUAUAUAUAAUAAGACAACAGAAGUACCUACAAUCUGUUACUGAUUUCAGUUAUUACAUUAUUGUUCAGAAUUAAUAACAAAAAAAUAUUUCGGUUUUUACUGCAAUGAUUUAGCAACAACAAACAUAAAUAAUUUUAUCAAGCAGGUGUGUCCUGUAUUGUAUAACGUGAUAGUAUAUUGGGCAAUCUUUUUGGACCUUGUGAGAGCACGCGCUGCAGAGCACGAAUUCAUAUUUUAUUGCAGUAACAUUUUUGUGUCUGUUUUCACGGUUUGGACAGUAAAAGUGCUUCCAUUUUCUUCAACAACAAUUUUCCAGGAGUUGUAUACAAAUAUAUUUUAUAAAAAAAACUACACAAAUGAAAUAUUAAGGAGAAGAUAUGAUUCCUAUCUCGUCAUUCGAUGUUAUAGCAAAAUCGUUUAAAGUACGCAAUUACAGACCUGUGAUUGACGAUUGUAUAUUCCAAUGUCAUUAUAAACUAACCACAAAUAUUUUAUUAACGUUCUGUUUAUUGGUUUCAUCAAUCAAUUUAAUAGGAAAUCCGAUAGAAUGCAUAACAAACUCAGCAAAAAAAACAGAAAUGCAUAAAGUUAUAAAUAGUUAUUGCUGGAUGUCGAAUUUAUACACAUCUAAUGUGAAACAAGGAUUCGGUCUUCCUUAUACAGGAAAUAAUGAACGAAAUAUUAGAUCCCAUUCAUACUAUAAAUGGGUACCAUUUAUGUUGUUCUUCCAGGCUAUGACAUUUUAUGUGCCCCAUUGGAUAUGGAAAAUAUGGGAAGGAGGAAAAAUACGAAUGAUCACAAAUGGUAUGCGUGGAUUUUGUGAGGGACCUGCUAAGUCACGACGUAUAAAACAAGAUAGAUUGGUACAAUAUUUCAUUGAAAGCUUUCAUACUCAUAGUACUUACGGAUUUGGUUAUAUUUUGUGUGAAAUAAUGAAUAUAUUCAACGUUGGUUUCAAUAUUUACAUUACUCAUAAAUUUCUUGGUGAAACAUUUUUAACCUACGGAAUUGAAGUGUUAAAAUAUUAUCAACAUCCUAAUUAUUUUAACCCAAUGGAAGAUAUCUUUCCUCGACUUACAAAAUGUAAUUUUUUCAAGUAUGGAUCAUCUGGCACUAUUCAAAACAUAGAUGCUAUGUGCAUUCUCGCUCAAAAUGUCUUAAACGAAAAAAUAUACUUAUUUAUAUGGAUUUGGUUCUUAAUGCUUGCUAUUAUAUCCAUAUUUACAUUGGUCUAUAGAAUCACUAUUAUUAUGCAAAUAGUUUUGAAGAGAACAUUAUUGAUAAACAUGUCCAAAUUCACAAAUAGUAAACGAAUCAUUUCAAUGUUAGUUCGUAAAUUUCAAGUAGGAGAUUAUAUACUCCUUAAUUUCAUUGAGAAGAAUGUACAUUGUGUUCAAUUUAAAGAAAUAGUAGAAGAAAUAUGUACUCAAGUUUGAAUGUAUAAAACUACAACAAAAUUCACUUAUUUUCAAAUAACUUAAAUUUUAAAUAAAUAAUCAUAAGUUAUUAUCAGAUAAUUUUUAAAUUUUUAAUUAGAGGUAUAGAUGUUACAUUCGUAUUUACACAUACAUUAAUAUUUAUGUAUGAUACUAGGAUGAAUCAGUUUUCAUACCUGGAAUACCGCUGUUUCCAUCAGAUUAUCUUUCUAGUUUAAAAGACUACAGUUUUCUCUUAAGUUAUAUUUUGAUAAAGUAUCAACAAAUCGCAAGGACAGACUUGACAAUUUGCAGGGUUGAUAAAGAAAAAAAAACUCUUGUAGGUAUUUGUUUUAAGAAAAUAUCUUUAUUUGAAACCACAAACUUCACUAUUUGAUGCAUUUUUCUACCUCAUAUGCCCGAGUAAGCAAUGUCACCAAAUACUAAUUUCUUCUAUUUCUAAUUUAAUCUGUAAACUGUGAUAAAUAGCAGCCAUUUAUUAUCAAAAAUAUCCAUCGUAAAUCAAAAAAACCUUUUCUUAAAUUAUAAAUAAAAUAUUGUAUUCAAUGAUAGGUAUGAUAUACAUAUCAUUGAAAUAUUGAGUUCUAAUUUAACACAUCCAAUCACUGUGACCCACGUGAAACCCAAUGUACAGCAGAGCGAUAUCCACCUUGAUUUAAUUUGUGAUUUUUCAUUGGCUUUUUUCAGACGCUUUGUACAUAUAAUGGUUAUAAUCCACAAUAUGCGACUUCUGUAAGUGUUAGUUAGAUAAAAAAUGUACUUACACUCACAUUUUAUUAAAUUACAAGUUAGAGAAUUCUUAAAAAAAAAAAUGUUUUCUGUCGAAAAUAAUUAUUAUGAUUUUAUAUUCAUGGUAAGGCCUGUCACAGAAUAUAAUUUUCCGAGCCAAAUUGCAUGGCCGACCCGCCACUGGUAAUAUAAUAGGUAAUUAAUAACUAAAAGUUAUAUAUACCUGCACCUGCACAUAGCCACUAUGUACUCGUAUGUUAAUUUAUUAUUUAAUUAAUUAAAAGGGGGUAGAUGGGUAAUUGUCAGUUGUGUAUGUUAAUUACCUAACUUACCUAUAAGUAAUAGUGGUAUUGUACAAUUGUAACAUCUCAUUGAUAAGUGAUGGUUAGGUGAUUUUCUAGGUCAAUGAAAUCCAAUUCUCCAACAAUCAGUAUUCACAUUGUUUUAAUGCAAUUAAUAAAACAAUUUAUUUAUAUACAUAAACAUAAUACUAAUCUGACAUAAUAAAAAAUAAAAAUAAAUAUAAUAAUACAAACUUAAUCCAGUUAAUAAUAAACUAAUCCAAUAUUAUUAUCGUUGUCAGCUUACUGGGACUUUUUUAAAAGCCACUAUUUUUUUGAUCGAAAAAUCGGGUAUCGACAAAUGGGAGUCGGUAAACUGGGAACAAAUCGAUGAUUGUCGGUUUAUGAGUGUUCUGUAAGGAUACAAACUUCUGUGUUUUCGAAUGAAAGCUUCCUUUUCUACUUAAAAUUAUUUAAUGGAUAAUAUUUUUGAAAAUUUUUAUGCACCCAAUUCAAAAUCUGAACGAGUAGUUUCUGAAUUAAUAAAAUGUUUAUUGGUACUAAUGAUACUAGUUCUUAAAAAUAGUUUUAUAAAAAUAUGAAACACAUGUAAUAUUGGAUCCAGUAUUUAUUACACUUGGACAUUUUUUAUAAAUUAUCAAUGUUGAUGGAUUAAUAUCUAUCACAACAUUUUUCAAACCACCAUAGAUAACCUCCAUAUCUCCUAAACACAUUAUUAUAGACCUAUCAUCCUUAGUACACAAGGUCAAAAAUAACUCAAAAACUACACUUUCGAAUUUUGAGUUUGGUACAUUAAAAUUUUCAGAAUAAAUAUCAGCUCAAUAAUAUCUUCAGUAGAAAAGGGAUGAGGGAUCUCAUUUGAAAAACAGAAAUUUGUAUCUCCACAGGACACUACUUUAUAGUAGUACCUAGACAAAAUCACAAGAAUUUGAAACUGGUCUUUAAUUCUAUUUUUUAAAAAUUCUAAUAAUCAGACUAUGAAUAAAUGCAUUAUUAAAGAAAAAUAGGUGAGCCUGUUUGAUGGUAUACCCUGUAUAUAUUUUAAUUUUUUUUAUUAGCUUUCAACAAAAAAUUAAUUAUAAUUUAUUAUAAUUAGGGUCAGGAUUUUUAUGACCUCAAAAACUCUAAACAAAUGCAUGCAAAUUUGCCCAAUAAAAAUCAAAUACGACAUUUUAAAACUUUAUUAAAAAUAUACUCUAAAUUAGUACAAAAAACC